CAGGUGGAGCAAUUUUGGUUUUGAAUGGAGAGUUACUCAUAUCCAAUAGCGAGCUAACAAACAACAAGGCACCCUCUGGUGGAGCGAUUUUGGUAUAUACUGGAACUACAUCUAUCUCCAAAGUUAUGUUUAAAAAUAACAGUGCUGAUGUUGGUGGAGUGUUUUUUGUUGCUGAUGGCACUGUGAUCAUUUCCGACUCUGUGCUCACAAACAACAGAGCCACCCAACAAGAUGAAGUGAUUGCGGUUGCUAUCUCAACUUUGAUAAUUACUAAUACAAGCAGAUUAAAUUUUGACAAUUUAGAGGGUGAAAAUAGCAUUUACGUAGUGCAUUCUAAUUUGUCAUUUACGGGAGUUAACAACGUUAGCAAUAAUGUAAACCCUGUGUAUGCUCUAAGCAGUCGAGUGGAGUUUAAUGGACCCACAACUCUCAGUAACAAUCGUGGUGUGCAGGGUGGAGCCAUCAGAGCAGUUCAGAGUCAAAUCUAUAUCAAUGCAGAAGGAGUGGUCAUUUCUAACAAUAUAGCUACUGUUGGAGGAGGUGUGUUUCUGAGAGAGAGUACACUCUUUGUUCACUAUCCAAUAGAGAUUUCUCAUAACAAAGCACAAAAUGGUGGUGGGAUUUAUGCAUACUCAAGCGAAAUUAAAUUUGAUUCGAAGGUCACUACUGGUUGUAUAUUUAAUCGUCAAUUUGUCCUGUGUACAUGUAGUGAAAUGGAACCUGUAGUACUGUUUGAGAGUAUUAUAGAUCGAAAUGAUGCUCAAAAUGGAGGAGGUAUUUAUGCAGUUGCUUCAAACAUUAAGGCUUUUUCUCAUGCUCACGUCCACAUACAGUCAAACUCAGCAAACAACAGUGGAGGUGGAAUUUAUCUACAACAAAGUUCCAAGAUAUAUAUUCUGAAACAAGACAUGGAGCUAGAACUUGGUAAAAAGCUGGUCAAACUAGAAAUCUACAAUAACACGGCUCAAUAUGGAGGGGGGAUAUUUGUGGCAGACAGUACUGAGAGUGGUGUGUGUAGAGGAGAGGAUGUAACUGCUGCACAAGAUUUGCCACAAACAGAAUGCUUCAUUCAAACUCUAAAUCUAUAUGGUUUUGAUAUCAAUUUUAUUAAGAUUGUGAGAAAUUUGCUCUCAGGUCUCCCGUCUUCACCUGAAGAAAGAAAGUGUUUAAUCAGUACGUCAAUCAAUCAUCGCAACACUUUUUUGACUAACAACACAGCUACCCAGUCAGGAGCAGAUAUUUACGGAGGUCUGUUGGACAGGUGUACGGUGGAUGUAUCAGCCGAAUUCUCUUCAUCAGACAAUGGAUUUGAGUACUUGAACAAUACUGUACGUUAUUCAUUGAUAGCUUCGAAGGCUGUCAGAGUGAAGUUGUGUAACACCACCAAGCAAACCAUUUCUGUUAGAAAAGGACAAGCAUUCACAAUCAGUGUUAUGGCUGUAGACCAAGCUGGAAAUCCAAUGAAUAAUGCCAUAAUUCACAGUUCUGUUAUCACUGAGAGCAGUAGAGUUGAUCGUCUCAAAGAAGGACAAGCACAACAAAAAGUUGGCUAUCAGUGCACAGAAUUGGAGUACAAUGUAUUCUCACAAGACAGCUCUGCUCAAGUGGAACUCUAUGCUGAGGGUCCAUGUAACAAUUUGGGAAUUUCAAGACAAGUUCUAAAUAUAUAUUUUCUAAAGUGUGAAUGCCCCAUUGGACUCCAACCAAUCAUGUCUUCAAUUGAGUGCAAGUGUGACUGUGAUCCAGUCUUGCAACAAGAAUAUCAGAUAACAAACUGUUCUGAGGAAAAUGGGACCAUAAAGCUGGAAAGCAAUAACAACAUAUGGAUAGGAGUGACUAAUACCACCAAUGGAACAGGGUAUGUUGUUAGUAACUGCACAUUUGACUAUUGUGUACUAAAACCAGUCAACAUCAGUCUAAGCAACCCUGACGAACAAUGUGCCUACAAUCGAAGUGGUGUCUUGUGUGGAGAAUGUGAACCAGGACUGAGUCUUGUGUUAGGUACUUCACGAUGUGAACUCUGCUCAAACUCUUACCUUCUCCUGCUACUCCCGUUUGCCCUGGCAGGCAUAGUACUAGUUGCAUUCAUUCUCGUUUUCAACAUUACCGUAGCAACAGGCACUAUCCAUGGGCUGAUCUUCUACACUAAUAUAUUAGCUGCAAAUCAGCCUAUUUUCAUACCUUUUCAUAACGCUUUGACAGUUUUUAUAUCGUGGGUGAAUCUUGACUUGGGUAUUGAAACAUGCUUUUAUAAUGGAAUGAAUGCUCAAGCAAAAGUGCUCCUUCAGAUUGUCUUUCCUGCUUAUUUGUUUCUUCUGAUGUUCUUAAUAAUCAUCUUGAGCAAGUACUUUGACUCAUUUGCAAAGCUCCUUUCUAACAGAAACCCAGUUGCUGCCCUCGGCACACUCGUCCUACUCUCUUAUUCCAAACUCUUACGGUUUAUCAUUGCUGCAUUACAAUACAGGGUCUUGGAUUAUCCAGAGGGUGCAACCAAGGUGUUGGAUUUUCCCAGCAAUUCAAGUGAUAUAGUUUGGGUGUAUGACGGCAAUGUGCAAUAUUUCUCUCCCGAUCACGUCCCUCGGUUUGUUUUUUCCUCCAUAAUUUUAAUUGCUGGUAUAUUGUUUACUGUAGUGCUCUUCUUUGGACAAUGGUUUUCUCGCUGUUCAAAAUGGAAGCUCAUGAAAUGGACUAAGAACACGAAGUACAAUGGCUUCAUGGACGCAUACCAUGCUCCAUUUACUCCCAAACAUCGCUACUGGGUGGGACUGCUCCUAUUUUCUUUGAUCGCUCAUAAUCUAAUAACUGCCUUGGCUUUGGACACUUCUCUCCCUGUACUAUCAGCUGGUGUUCUAUCAGUUGGACUAAUCAGCUGGAAAUUACUGAAUAAUCGGUUGUAUAAAAACACAUUCCGUGAUUCUCUCGAAACUCUCUAUCUACUCAAUAUUGUCUGUCUAGCAUUUGGCACCUUCUAUGUCAAAGAUACCAAGAAAGAUCAGUCAGCACUAGCCAAUACUUCGAUGGCUAUAUCCUUUAUCAUCUUUGCGAUAACACUCUGCUACCAUUUUUACGAAUUCGUACUCAAGAAGAGCAAUACAUGGCUAAAGGUUGAGGACACUAUAAGGAACUUACGAGCUGGUGCUGCAGACAUAAGACUCAGACAAGCUAACAAUGACCACGAAAUGUAUCAGCUGGUAGCCGAUGAAAAUGAUAACGAUGAAUUAUUUGAAAUAGUAGAGGACUAUGAACAAAGAGACCCAGUGGACCCACCUUACACUGAUGGAGCAAUGGAAGAAGCUGACCCUGAUCGUUACAUCACUCCUCCCAUCAUCAGACCAGCCACGAGGCCCGACCAACUGAGAGAGCCUGCCCUGGACGUACUAGCCCCCCUCACUACAGAGGACUACAGAAGACUAGCCCCUCCCCCUCGUCAAGAUAAUGCACCUAAAGAAGUCACGCAUACUGUCAUCGAUAUCGUAAAAGAACAACAUUAGUAUAAUUAUCUCCUAUUAGUUUGUUUUAAUUUUCUGGUUUUUUGUGAGCCCUCCACUUGCACGAUUAUAUUCAUUGAAUGUUGUGGACUUGUUUUCGUUUUCUGGUUUUUUGUGAGCCCUCCAUCUGCACAAUUAUAUUCAUUGAGUUUUGUGGACUAAGAUUCAGUACUUGUAACGACUUUGCUAGAGUUAAUCACUUUUCCCAUACUUUACG